CUCAUCUGAUGUCAAUUUAGUGUCCUUGAAAAUCCGGGGGGAAAAGGCUGCAUGCGAGCUGAAACCUUCUUCUCCCUAGAAUAAACCUGGCUGCCGAGCAGUGUAAAACGCACCGUCGUUUAGAGGGAAAUGUUGCUGUUUUUGGGGAGGAGGGGGGGAUGAAAUUAAACGUUCCAUUAUGGCGCAUUAACCGCUGGAGUUUAUGAAGCGACCAUUGGUUCGGCAGAUGAGGUGGACGCUUUUUUGGCUUGUUGCUGACAGACGGAGAGAGUUGAGUGAACAGUGAGAGAGACCUGCGCAGAUCGUCAGCAGCCGCUUCUCCAGCCUCAAGCGAAAAUUCGUCAGAUCUGAGAUCACACAAGGAUUUUUUCCCCCCCUCGUUUUUCAUGCCUCUCAUUCAGCUCGGAUAUUCACAAAAGUUUGAGGAUAUAGACACCGGGAUACACCGCCUUCCUUUUGCUUGAAAGGUCCUCAUAGUGCAGCCAUGUGUGGACGGAGCAGGGCGGCCUCGCUGUGUCUGUGUGCUUGCUUGCUCAUCGCCAACGGUGCACUCGCUGCAAAAAGCAACAGCAAGACAGAUGAACAGAACGAAGACAACUCCACGGUGUUCACCAAGAUCCUGGACAGCCUUCUGGAUGGCUACGACAAUCGCCUCAGGCCCGGACUCGGAGAGCGUAUAACUGAAGUCACGACUGACAUUUUCGUGACCAGUAUUGGGCCGGUUUCGGACCAUGACAUGGAGUACACCAUCGAUGUCUUCUUCAGACAGAGCUGGAAGGAUGAGAGGUUAAAGUUCACCGGUCCCAUGGCCGUGCUGCGCCUCAACAACCUCAUGGUCAGCAAGAUCUGGACCCCGGACACCUUCUUCCACAACGGCAAAAAGUCAGUGGCUCACAACAUGACCAUGCCGAACAAGCUCCUGAGGAUCACAGAGGAAGGCAAGCUGCUCUACACCAUGAGGCUGACGGUGCGAGCUGAAUGUCCCAUGCACCUGGAAGACUUUCCCAUGGAUGCACACGCUUGUCCGCUGAAGUUCGGCAGCUAUGCGUACACCCGUGCCGAGGUGGUCUACGUUUGGACCAGAGGGGCGGCGCAGUCGGUGGUGGUGGCGGACGACGGCUCCAGGUUGAACCAGUACGAUCUGAUGGGCCAAAGCGUGGACUCCGGCGUGGUGCAGUCCAGCACAGGAGAGUACGUUGUCAUGACGACCCACUUCCACCUGAAGAGGAAGAUUGGCUACUUUGUGAUCCAGACGUAUCUCCCCUGCAUCAUGACGGUCAUCCUGUCUCAGGUGUCCUUCUGGCUCAACAGAGAGUCCGUCCCUGCAAGGACUGUCUUCGGAGUGACCACCGUCCUGACCAUGACCACGCUCAGUAUCAGCGCCAGAAACUCCCUCCCCAAAGUGGCCUAUGCCACGGCCAUGGACUGGUUCAUCGCUGUGUGCUACGCCUUCGUCUUCUCGGCGCUGAUCGAGUUUGCCACCGUCAACUACUUCACCAAGAGAGGUUACGCUUGGGAUGGGAAGAGCGUCGUGCCAGAGAAGCAAAAGAAGAAGAAGGAGUCUUUGCUGAAGAAGAACAACACCACAGCCUACCCAGCGGCCACUGCGACAGCCUUCGCUCCAAAUAUCGCCAGGGACCCUGGCUUGGCCACCAUUGCCAAAAGCGCUCCGCCACCCCCUACUGAACCCAAGGAGGAGCCCAAGCCCAAACCCCCGGAGGCCAAGAAGACCUUUAACAGCGUGAGCAAGAUUGACAGGAUUGCCAGAAUAGCCUUCCCUCUGCUCUUUGGAACCUUUAACUUGGUCUACUGGGCGACCUACUUGAAUAAGAAGCCCAAAUUGCAAGGGAUGACCCCACACUAAUCCCUCCCUUUUCGAUAAUACCUGUAAAUGAUUUCAUUUUUUUUUCUUUCUUUCUUAUUCCUUCAAGAAGAAACACUCUGUUUAUUUUCAGACAAACAUGGUGUCCAUGCUGGUUGGAAUCCCAGUUGUUGCAUUGCUUCUGUGUUUACCUACAUUUUAAUGGAGAAAAAAAAAAGACGGGAGAAGAGAAAAAAAAAAGAAAAACAUCGUAACAGACUUUUUAAAAGAGGUUGUUCAGGUCUGGAAAGAUGCUACUACGAACAUGCUUCUAUAAAUAUUUAGCCAAGAGAAUGCUAUUCUACAACUGCACAUGGCCCACAGCUGUACGGGCUUCUGUUUUGAUUUCAACAUAACAUCACAGCACUUGUGUAUAUGCAUGGGCAGGGCAUCCUUAUUAUUUACGUUUAUUUAUUCACAGAGACAUAUCAAGCUGACUAAUGGUUUAUGUCCACCUAAUACUACAUGACUUAUAAAGGGGUUCAGUCGCGUAAAAGCGGGUGUGAUGAGCAGAAGUUGUGUCAAAAAUUCAAGUGAAUUUACGGACGUUGUUGUCCAUAAAUCAGUUUGCUAUGGUUUUGCCACAGUGGCAUCUGUGGCAAAACACAUUACGAAAUCUGAUCUGACCUCCUUCCGCAUUGUUUUUUAAACAAAUCCCCAAAUUGUGGAAUUCCAACCCCUCUUUAUUGACAGAAUGGUAGAAACAAAGACGACUUUCUCCUGUAUUUGUUAUCGUAACAGAAUUUUUUAAUAGAUUGCGUAAUCGUACUUGAGUGCCCUCUGGUGGAGGCUUGUGGAAACAUGUCGCAUGGGAACGUACGCCCAUGAAUUCGCAUGUUCUCAAGGACUCAACGCAACAUACGCCCAGAUGUUGCUGAAGCAGAGAGACGAGAUAUUGUUCAAAGACAAUAUUCAUUGGUUGACCUAACAGGAGAAGCCUAAAAUGUGUUGGCUAUAUCCGUGUGCUUCAGAGGCACCAGGGGUAGAUGGGCUCUUGUUGGGGCAUUGUCUCGAUCUCAGUCACGUUCCUCCAGGUCCUAUUUCACUAACCUGUUACUGGCUUUAUGUACAGACUUGCCUCCCACCGUUGCGGAAUCAUUGGUUCAGACAAUGUGGACGUCGACGAAAGUGCAGUCCGCAGUCGAGAGAGAGGCUUCACCAUUAGAGGGCUUGGCCUGUUGGUUUGUUUAUGAUUCGGAAUUUAACAUCAGCUCGCUUUACAGCACAGUUCGGAUUCCUGAGUUCAGGCGGGCGAAACCAAUUUGCUUCAUUACGCUUGCAGUACUUCUGUCCUCCACCAGAGACUCGGAGCGCAGUACUACUUCCGCGCAAAGCGACAAGCCAUUUGAAGUUUUUGCUGUUAAUUCCAAAGUCAUGUGGUAUUUGGGAGGCAUUUGUUUAUCUGACAAUAGCAGUAAAAGGCCUCUGUUAAAAAUAUCUUCCAUUGUCUGUAUAUAUAUUUUUUUCAUAAUAGAAAAUAUUUUAGGGCAAUAGCAAUAAAACAUGUCUCAGUGGACGCACCGUUUAUUUAUGGGGGUAAAAAAAAUACAGAGCUCCAAUCAUCUCUGCUUUGAAGAGAAUAUUUAUUUCCUUUCACUGCGUUGUAAAUAGUAUAAAGUGUUAUAGAGAUGUCAAUAUUAUGUUGAAGCUUUGCAAAGAGUAACUAAAGGGUAUGUACCUUUUGAAAUUAUUUAUUUUUGUCUCUGGGGAAAAAAAAGAGGUGAUUCAUGCUUUAGUGACUGGUUCUUGUCAACUUAGCGCUCUACUGAAAGCUACUUCUACACUUUCACAUCUGCAGACAGAGAGAGAAGUUUUUCAAAAUGAAAAAAAAAAAAAAACGGUUUUCCCAAACAAUGAAAAGGAGGAACAAAAAUAUCACUAUAUGUGUUCCUUCUUACAUUAAUACUGCGGCCCGGGGACCCAAGAAAAGACGGAAGCUUGCUCUCUCAGCUGGGGGAACUUCCAUGAGCUACCUCCAGUCCCAGGCCAGUGGCAAACCCUAGCAUGCCUAGAGAGGUUGAAGGACCCAACAGGAGCUUGUAGGAAUCUGUGUCCUGGAUUCAUUCCAUUGUGACAAGUUGUGGUUUUGGGAUGCUACUUCUGGGAGAGAGCCAUUGGUUGGUGCAAUAUGGGAAAUUUUCAUGUCCUUUUUUUUGUCUCUCAUGAGGGCAUUUGACCUCUUAACUUGUUGGCUGAGGACCAAACAGAUGACCCUUGUUUGCAAGAUAUUUGUUGGGCAGACGUUCGAUUAAGAGAGCAAGGCCGUCCCCUGCGACGUUUUUUGGUAAAUCAGGGUAUCCGCUCAGCUGAAGGAGACCUCCCGAUGUUAAGGUUCCUUUAAGUCCUGCCACCCAAGGAAAAGACUGUUGCUCUCAGUUGGGUGGACAGAGAGAUUUUUGGUAAGUACCUGAGGUUGAGGACCUGUGAUGUACCCUUGAAUGCGGGAACUAGCUCCACUGAGCUCAGAUCAGAAUGGUUGUUCCGCCCACUACGGGUUGCAGAAGGCCUUGCCGAAGUUUACUUUGAAUGGAUGCUACAACGAUUUAGAUCUUGGUACGAGGUGCUGACCUCUUAGCUGAGUGGUCCCAUGGGUGGAUGCAUGUGGAUUAAGGUGCCGGAAACAACUGAAUCCGUCACAGUUUACACGGCAACAUAGUUUCCAAGGGAAUCUGACUACUUUAGAGAACGGGGUCCAGAGUGGAAUCUUUCUGUGACAAUACCAGAUUUGUCGCUGUGUAAAUGCACAACUGAAAACGUUGCUGUCGCCCCUGAGUUGCAUGUCAACUUUGAAGGUAGGAUGGUCCGGAUGUCAUACAGAUGUCAUGAGCAAACAUAGUUUAGGGACCCCGUAGCCAGGUGGCACCAAUGGAGUUGGCAAAUCUAGAGGUCCUUUUGUCCGCACCACCUCAUGGUUUAUGGUCCCCUCAUUCAUGGGGUAACAAUCCUCAGACAUGGAGGCCAUUGACAAAUAUUGGACCCAGUGUUGGUAGUGUCACUCAGGAGCCAACAAGGUGCUUUGGCAAGACAUUGGUCCAUUUUUUUGUUGCUUUAUUGAGUUUCUUUCUUUAUUUUGAGGGCAGCAAAAAAUGGGAAAACAUGUAGAUUUUCAUUUAUAGAAGCAAAUCAACAACUCACAUUUGGAUCAGAAUAUAAUAUACUGGAGUUUAAAUUCAUUUGACAUGACGUGUCUGUUUGGGGACUUUGGUGAGGAGUGGUCUCGGUUGCAAAUAAAAAGGAACAAAAAAAGAAGAAGAAGCACCAUUUCUUGCAAAGUAAAGUUCGCGAUGAAGGACGGGGCACAUUGAGAGGGAGAAAGUGCCUUUUCCAUUUUCAGAGUCGGAGCUUUGAUUGCUUCUACUUUGUUGAUCGAUGGCGCGUCUGUAUUUUCCAUCCCACUGUGUCCCCAGAACCUCCUUUUUUAUUAUUUCUCCUCCUCUCCGCCACAUCACCCCUUCAGUUGCAAAUUGAGACGUUAACACUCAGAAAGUACCAGCUACACUGCCUUCAGUAUCACUUGCCUGUUUGGACUCCUUUUGUUGCUGCUUGUCGGUGAGCAACAGCGCGAGACAGGGACAGAGACGGAGCGAGACAAAGACCGAACAGAGACAAAGUGGCGCUGUAAUCUCCACUUUAGCCGGUGCUGUGUCUCACAGUCUUACAGGUCGACAGUCGUGACAGAAAUGAAUAUAUUUUUGUAGCAUGAUGUCAUUCCCUCUUCCAAGAUAAGAAAACAAAAGCCAAAAAAAACAACGCAAAAAUGUUUAUCUUGCUUGCUGCUUUUAUUUUUCUUUCGACAUAUACACUUUGAUGAAAAAAAAAACAAAGCUUCUUCUCUGUUGUGGCAUGUUGAGCUUUCCAAUUGGUCCUUUUUUGAUUAUGUUUAUGUAGCAAUAUUGAUUAGCAAGGGCUUUUUUAGGACCUGAGUCUGGAGGUGAUGUCCGUUGUAGCUUUACAUUUACGUCAUAUAGAGGUCUGACGGCCGUAAAUCAAAGAUACAAAUUUAACAUCAAGUUGUUGGCCAUUUUAUAAAAGUGAAAAACGUCAUGUUUGUGGUUCUGUGUAUCAUUUUUGCCAGGCUUGCCGAUCCGGCACUGGCCCCUGUCCAUCCUUCAGCCAGUGAGGCCCCCAUUGAGGCGCUCAUAAUACCCAGUGUCAGCAGGUGGUUUGGGGUGCUAUAGAUGUUGAUAUCGAGGAUUGCAUACUCUUCCUCCAGCGGGUUCCCACUAGUCCAGAUUCACCGCCUGGAUGGCUCUGUUCAUGGCCCAGGUGGAGUCCUUCCUCAGCAUCCAAGGCCACUGACCUCCAUUUUCAGCGGUCGUGGUGCUCUCCUCGACUCCCCUCCCGAGGGUCUUCCCUCACUCGCCCAUCUCUGUGACAACCCAGGACAAACACUCCGGAGCCUCCCUCCGUUUCAAAAUGAAACACCACUGUUCGGAAGCUCCGAUCCCAUCGCAGUUCCGAAAAAUGACACGACUGGUUCCCGAUUUUUGUUUUGCUCAACAAUGGCCGAACCAAUGAUACACAGAACUUACAGACACAGCGAUUAUUCCGACCAGAAUAUGAUGUUGUUGCUAUUGUUUUCAUUUGCCUCAUCAUCAUUUCGGAUUCCCACACCGACCCCCAUCCUCCCCUCGUCCUCCCGUCACCUCCGAACUGAAAGGUGGACAGCAAACGUUCAGGGUGUAGAGUUGUAUAAAGAUAUUUGUAUGUAUGUUGAUUAUCAUGCAGAAUAUUUAUAUAUAUAAAUAUGUAUUAUACAUAACAGUGUUACUGAAAAAAAAAGAUAUAAGCUGAGAUGAUUAAUUUGUAUUAUGGACAUGCAUUUUGCACAUUAGGAGAACAACGUCAUCGCAUUUAUGUAGUCAGCUUCGUGCUAUGCAAGGACGGCUUCAACCUUCAUUACACUGAAAAAAAAAAAAAAAAAAAAAAAGACCCUGCAUUUUGUUGUUUUAAUGAAACCAUGUCGAUACAGGGUGAUUUAUUUUCAUUAUCGCAACAGGCGGAGGCAUUUUUUUCUUUUGAAACAAUGAGCAAAAUAACAAGCUAACAAUACUCCCUAAAUAACAGAGGUCUUGUCUUGUUUUGCUUUUUUUUCCUCAUGCUUUUCGCUCACAGCAAACGAUCCUGAGCCAAGUUUGCUUCAAGGGAAGAGAGCCUGACAUACACAGUGCUAUCAUGAGCUUCGAACUGUAAAUAAAUCACAUUUGUAAGCAGUUGUUUCCAUCAUCGCCGCUCUUUAGUUGUUCCCUAGAUCCCCACCGGAGUUUCUCUUGUAUUUUUACCGAGCAAAUACAUUCAGAUUUUCACAACAACAACAAAAAAAAAAGGAAUUUUCUAAAGCACAAAAGGUGAUCAGCGGACAUGGCGGCGAGCGCGUGUAUCGUUGCGUGACGUGCACACAGAAUGUGAAUAUGGACAGGGUUCUGAUGGAUGUAGAUGAACUGGUGAACCUCCUGUAAAUGUUUUCUUUGGUUUCUCUUUUUUGUUAUGAUAUGGCCCUGUAGAAUCUGAAUCUCUGCAUUAGUCUUUAAAUAAAAAGAAAACUGAUGAAA